ACCAGCUGUAAACAGUAUCACACCCCAUUUCCCUCUCCAUCUUCUCCUCUCUCUCAAACAAACAACACAGCUGCAGCUACUUUCAUCUCAUCCGAAUGGCGGAACCUAAGGGUUUCACCGUUCAUCUCCACAACCUUAUCGACAUUGCCGCCGAAAUCUCUCAAAUCUCCACCUUCAAUCCCUUAAUCAAAACCCAAUCCUUUGAUCUCAGCCGUAGAAUCAAUUUCCUUCUUCCUCUCUUUCAUCACCUCCUUAACGACGUCGUUUUUGUUCCCUCUGAAACCCUAGUUUCGCUUCAACAUGCUUUUCUCUCUGCUAAGGAAUUGCUUCUCUUUUGCUCGCAAUCGAGUCAGCUUUAUAUGAUAUUGGAGAGGGAGAAAAUUAAGUGCAAAUUCAGUGAUCUCGCCUCUCAAUUUGAACAAGCUAUAAGUGGGGUUUCAUGUGAUAAACUUGAUAUUUCUGAGGAGCUCAAGGAGCAGGUUGCACUUGUACUUUCUCAGUUUAGAAGGGCCAAAGAGCAUUUUGAUCCACCUGGUCUUGAGCUUUAUGAGCAUCUGUUGUCUAUCUAUAACCAGAGCUGUGAUGUGAAUACUGAACUAGCUGCCCUACGCUUAAUCUGUGAAAAGCUAAAAUAUGUGAGUGUGGAAGAUAUCAAACAAGAGUCACUGGCUCUACAUAAGAUGAUUGUUGAUGAGGGUGGUUGUUAUGAGAAAAGUGCGCAGAGGUUGUCAAUGGUGCUGAAAAAAAUUGAAGAGUUUUUGUUGAAGGAAUCUGAAAACAAUGGAGGUGGUUGUUUUGAGAAAAGCACACAGGUUUUGUUGAGUGGAGAUUUGCCUCCUCAUACUGACGAGACAUGUGUGAAAUCAGGUUGUCAGUCACCGGUUGUGCCAGAGGAGUUUCGCUGCCCAAUAUCUCUUGACCUAAUGAAAGAUCCUGUUAUCAUUUCCACAGGGCAGACAUAUGAACGAGCUUGCAUAAAGAAAUGGCUUGAUGCAGGGCAUCGAACAUGUCCCAUCACUCAGCAGAUUCUUUCCAGCUCCAUCCUCAUACCUAACCAUGCUUUAUACAGCCUGAUUUCAAAUUGGUGCGAGGCAAAUGGAGUGGAACCACCCAGAAGGGUAGGAAACUUCUGGCUCUGUAAGGAAACAUCAGACGGCUAUUCUGAAUUGAUAAAUCUUGAUACCUUAAUGAGGAAACUUACUUGCAGUAAUGUUGAGGAUCAGCGUAAUGCAGCAGGGGAGCUCCGUCUUCUUGCCAAACACAACAGUCAAAAUCGAAAGUUGAUUGGUGAAGCUGGUGCUAUACCCCUCCUUGUUGUUCUCCUCUAUGUGCCUGAUGCUAUCACCCAGGAGCAAGCUGUUACUGCUCUUCUCAAUCUAUCUAUCUGCGAUGAAAAUAAAGAGCGCAUCAUGGCUUCUGAGGCUUUGCCAGGAAUCCUUCAUGUGCUAAAAAAUGGCUGUAUGGCAGCUCGUGAAAAUGCAGCAGCCACCUUUUUCAGCCUCUCUGCUGCGGAUCAGAACAAAGUGGCAAUUGGUGCAUCUGGAGCAAUCGAGGCACUAGUUACUCUCUUCUGCGAAGGAAGUCAAAGAGGAAAAGUUGAUGCUGCAACAGCACUUUUCAAACUCUGUUUAUACCAUGGGAACAAAGGCCGUGUUAUUAGGGCCGGUAUUGUGCCCAAGUUGAUUGAAAUGUUAAUGGCGGGGGAGAUGAGGGAUGAGGCAUUGGCAAUCAUGGAUAUAAUAGUUAGCCACCCUGAUGGAAAAGCUGCAAUUGUAUCUACCAAUGCUAUUUCCACUUUGGUGGAAUUAAUCAUUAAUGGAUCUUCUAAGAACAAAGAGAAUGCAACUUCAGUGCUUGUGCACCUCUGUAGGGGAAACUCACUACACCGAUCGACCGUCACUUCACCCGGAGUGAUCAAUCCUCUCUUGGAACUGGCAAAAAACGGCUCAGAAAGGGGUAAGCGAAAAGCUGCACAACUUCUUGAGCUGUUGGACAUUUAGAGACCAUUGUUAAUAUACUUGGCAACUGUCAGCUAGGUUUUUGAUGCUGCUGUUGUCUCUGUAUAUUGCUGAUGCUGAUAUAGAUAGUGAAGGAUAUGACUUAACAGUAGAUUACUAGAAAAGGAUCAACACUAUUUCCUUUUUAUUUUUUAGUUAAAAGGAAAAUUUGAUAGUAGUCAACCAAUUAUUUUGUUGAAUUUAAUCACUUUUGUUGGAAAGCUCGUAGCAAGUGUUAAGGCAACAGUUUGACUUUAGUUAAGGAACAAUUAUUUGUUUCAUUGUUUAAAAAUAUUGGGUGCCCAUGAUUACUUAUUUUAGUGUUUGUUUGGGUUAUCUUCUUAGAGACCCAUCAUUUGCAUUGAAAUUUCAUUUAUGUAUAAUUUUUUUCCCAAGAAUAGUUGAGGUUGCAUGUGUGUGACAUCGAGAUUCAUUACAGGAAGAUUUCUGGAACUGAA